GUGUGACCGGAGCUGCCUGAGCUAUGCAUGGCUUCAGAGGGUCCAUCCUCUGCUGGGCCCUGGCAGCAUGGGCUAUUGUGGGCACAUCCCUGGAAGAGACAGAUCAGGAAGGAUUCCAGCAAUGCAAGGACUCCUUGAAUCUAAGUAUUCUGGAAGUCUUACCUGGAGGUGGCUGGGAUAAUCUGCGGAACGUGGAAGUGGGACGGGUGAUGAAUUUGACCUACACCAACUGCAGGACCACAGAAGACGGUCAGUACAUUAUCCCUGAUGAGAUUUUUACCAUUCCCCAGAAACAGAGUAACCUGGAUAUGAACUCAGAAAUCCUGGAGUCCUGGAUCAAUUACCAGAGCAGCACCUCCAACUCCAUCAACCUGGAGCUCUCGCUCUUUUCCAAAGUCAAUGGCAAGUUCUCCUUCGAGUUUCAGAGGAUGAAGACCCUUCAAGUGAGGGACCAAGCCAUCACGACCCGGGUCCAAGUAAGAAAUCUGAUCUAUACCGUCAAACUCAAGCCAGCUUCAGGACUAAACUGGAGGUUUAAGAAUGAACUCCUGGGUAUCUCAGAGCGUCUGGAAAGCAACCAGACACGGAUGGCAAACUACUUGGCAGAACUCCUGGUGCUCAACUAUGGCACCCACGUCAUCACCAGCGUGGAUGCUGGGGCUGCUCUCAUUCAAGAGGACCACAUCAGGAGUUCCUUCCUGCAGGACAGCCAAAUCAGUGCUAUCACUGCCUCUGCUGGCAUUGCCUUCCAAAACAUUGUAAACUUCAAAGCUGAGGAUAAGUACGUCUCCCAGAAUGCCUUCACCAAAAGCUACCUCUCCAACCGGACCAACUCGAGGGUGCAAAGCAUUGGAGGGCUGCCCUUUUAUCCCGGCAUCACCCUCCAGACCUGGCAAGAGGGCAUCACCAACCACCUUGUGGCCAUAGACCGGGCCGGUCUGCCUCUGCAUUCCUUCAUCAACUGCGACCUGUUGCCCGAGUUGCCGGGGCCCCUGGUCAAGAAGUUGUCUAAAACAGUGGAAGCUGCCGUGAGACGCUAUUACAACUUCAACACCUACCCUGGGUGCACGGAUGUCAACUCACCCAACUUCAACUUUCAAGCCAACACCGACGAUGGCUCCUGUGAAGGGAAAAUGACCAACUUCUCCUUCGGCGGAGUCUAUCAGGAAUGCACCCAGUUCUCAGGGAAUGACGUGGUCCAGCUCUGCCAAAACUUGCUGCAGAAGAAUCCACUCACUGGUGAUUUCUCCUGCCCCUCCGGCUACUCCCCAGUCCACCUGCUCUCUCAGACCCACGAGGAGGGUCUCAACCAGCUGGAGUGUUAUCGCAAAUGCACCCUCCGCAUUUUCUGCAAGACCGUGUGCGAGGACGUCUUUCAGGUGGCAAAAGCUACAUUUAAGGCUUUCUGGUGUGUGGCCACUGGGUCAGUCCCUGAAAAUUCAGGGCUACUCUUUGGGGGCCUCUACAGUGAGAAGAGCAUCAACCCUCUGACAAAUGCACAGUCGUGCCCUGCUGGCUAUUUCCCACUGGCUCUCUUUGAAAGCCUCAAGGUCUGUGUCUCUCAGGACUACGAGUUAGGAAGUAAGUUUUCUGUCCCCUUUGGUGGCUUCUUUAGCUGUGUCAUUGGGAACCCCUUGGUCACUCAGGCUACAUCCAAAGAUUCAGGAGCACCUUCUCCAAAAAAGUGUCCCGGGGGCUUCAGCCAACACCUAGCCCUCAUCAGUGAUGGUUGCCAAGUGUCCUACUGUGUCAAAGCUGGACUCUUCACAGGAGGGGCUCUGCAUCCCGCCAGGCUCCCCCCAUACACCCAGCCACCCCUUAUGAAUCAGGCUGCCACCAACACAGUCCUGGUGAUGAAUCCAGAAGCUGCCAACGCCUGGAUUAAGGACUCGAAGACCAACCUCUGGAGGCUGGGAGAGCCUCUGGAGCUACGCCGGGCCAUCACAAGUUUCCAGGAGGAUGGUAGUGGACUGUCGGGAGGAGCAGCCGUUGGCGUCUCCAUAGGCGUCACCACGGGCCUGGCAGCUGCUAUUGCACUGGCCAUCUACACUGCCCGCAAUUACAAAAAGAAGGACUACCAGGAAAUCAAAGAGGAGAGGGAGAGUUUGACUGUCAGCCCUGUGGCAGCCCAAGAUAGCCCUGAGCGAGAGCAGGAAAAGAGUCCAGUCUAAAUCUCUCCCCGGAAAGCCUCUCAUCUUCUGCCAGAGCUGCGAGUUCAUCUUUCACUUCUUCUCUCUCUUGUUCUGGCCUCCCAAGUACUGAAGUAGGAAAUGCAACAAAAAGCAGGUACAGCUCUAGGACUUCUUGAAACCUCUGGGUCAGAAAAUUAAAAGAGCUACAGAGGCAACACUGGGAGCUGGGAUUGUAAGUGGUGCUGACUUUUUCAGAGAAAAACAAAUCUUCCUGGGAUGCUGGUAACUAAAACUUGAUAGAGUGGUGGGCGUGGGAGAGGGGGGUUCUAUGUAUGUGACAUUAAUUAUAAUCUCCUGGAUUUAUGUGCCUAGAAGAGAGGAGGGAGAAAGUUGGUAUUUGGGUUUGAAGAAUCUGCCUUUAAUCUGAGCCUGAGGGAAGAUGAAAAGGAGGAAACUCACGCACGGCCCGGCGGUGUAGCAAAGACGAGAAGGGAAACGGCAUCUGAAUCUUGCUCUCCCGGUGGCCCAGACAGAGGCACUGACUUCUACAACCUUUUCUCUGAAGCUUCCUGAGUCAGAGACAUAAAAUAUAGCAAAAUGCUCCCUGACUAAAAUAAG